AUGCCUACGCUCAAAAGUCUUAAAGUGGCCACUCAUCAAAAGUUCGAAUCCUGUCAAGUGGGCAUUUCCGCAUCGUGCGGAGAUCUACCAUUUGCGAUCCGCGGAGCAGUCAGCCCAACCGGAUCGUCAAGUCACCACUUGAGAUCCGCUCUGAUCGAACUCAAAGUUGCUUCCUACAGCAGCUCCAGUAAACGGCCAAUCUCCGUCUACAUUGGCACCCAUUCGAUUUUGCGACAGGCACUCUUGGUCCAUCCACGAGGAAGUGAAGAGGAGACGGGCUUUUUGUCGACAAAUCCUCUUUUCUGUGUCGUCGGAGAUGUGAUUUCGCAUGCCUCUAAUCCUCAUCUACAACAUCAUUCAAACCGGCGUCCUACUCAACUCGCGGUUGAGUCCGGAGCCCGAUUUAUGCCAUCACCUCCACAUGGAGCCGACCAUCCGGUUUAUGUGGACAGUGUUUUUUUUCUCAUUUUCCACACGUCAAUACAUACAACAAACACAUCCUGGCCACAGCGUUAG